AUGUCCAACUCUUCAGAUACUUUUCUCGUAGUCGAGAAUAACUCUUUACUGGAAACUCUUGAAGUUUUAAAUCAAAAUGCUCUCGGUGGACAUAUUGUUUUAUCGAACAAUCCCAAAUUAAAAUAUGAACAUUUUUGUGUAGAGGUUCUUCAAGAUUUUUUUCAAAGAUUUCAUAUAUUGGAUAAUCCUCACGUCUGCGGAUGUGUUAUACCCGAUGACAAGUUUUUUCAAAGAGUCCUCGAUUUACCAGACAACUGCACCACUCUCAUCGGUAAUAUAUCAUUAACGUCUGAUCAACAACCUGCAUAUGAAAGUCUUGAACGAAAGCUCGGUUCUGUAGAAACUAUAUAUGGCACCAUAUCUGUGGUUAACACUAACUAUAAAGAUUUAGGAUUUUUAAAGUCGCUCAAAGAAGUUAUAUAUGAGCUGCCAAGAGAUUUUAACAAACCGCCUCAAAUUUUUAUAAGUAAAAAUGCUGAAAUGACGAAACUUAAGUGGUAUCUGCUUGCUCAAACUCGGUUUCUUCAAAUUGUCAUUCAUGAAAAUCCAAAACUAUGUCUUCAGACGAGCGAACACAUAGUAGGCGUUGUGUCCGAGCUCGGAGGUAGAAUAACUGCACCGUUCUGUGAAGAUGAAAUUCUUCCCGAACACUUCUAUCGAAUACAAAAUGGAAGUUGGGAAGGAAUCGGGGAGAAUCAUACAGUAAUCGUUGGUGAUGUGCUGAUUAACGAGAAAUCUGACAUAUCUCAAUUCAUUAAAUUCUCUAACAUCACCAUGAUCUAUGGCCAUUUGAUUAUUCAGAACACUAAACUUCGAACUAAUAGUUGGUUAUACAAUCUUGAACAUCUAUAUCCCACCAGAGCCGAUGAUCCUGCUAUACUUGUAGAAAACAAUUCUGCCCUGGUAAUCUACGAACUAAAAACUAAAUAUUCGAGAAAUAGAAAAGUCAUCGUCAGAAACAAUCCGAAGUUGAAGCUAACAAUUUUCGCUUGCUCUCGAUUAGAGGAAAUGAUAAACUAUGAGGUUCACGGUAAUUUAGAGAACUGUGGCAUAGUUCAUGACAACGGAGAAAGCCGAGUGAACGAUUUUUAUUUCUUGAAAACUCUGUUAGUAUUUUUGCUGAUGUCGUUGCUGUGA